AUGGACAUUGACCCUGUCGGUUUCAAUUCCCAUAGAUCGGUGUUAGUUUGCAAGAAUGGCUGUGUCGCGUCAUCACAAUACCUUGCAUCACAAGUUGGUAUAGAUAUACUGAAGCAGGGAGGGAAUGCUGCUGAUGCUGCUGUUGCUGUUGCUGCUGCCUUGAAUCUUACAGAGCCCUCCAGCACGGGGAUUGGAGGAGAUGCCUUCUGCCUUUACUAUGAUAGCAAAACAAAAAAGGUCCAUGGUCUAAAUGGAAGUGGAAGGGCUCCCGGCAAACUGUCCCUGGAAGUACUACACAAAGAGGGUUACAAUGUGGACAACCCAUUGCCUGUAAACCAUGGCCAUUCUGUGACUGUUCCUGGUUCUGCUGCAGCCUGGUGUGCUACCAUUGAGAAGUUUGGUAGUGGUAAGCUGACAGUUGCUGACAUCCUGGAGCCAGCAAUAUGCAUGGCUGAAGAGGGGUUUCCUGUUCAGAAAAUAACAGCACACUCAUGGGCUAAAGGGAGUUGGCUUUUAAAAGAUGAAAGAAAUGAACAUGGACAAGAUCUACUGGUUGAUGGCCAGCCACCCAGACAUGGUCAGAUCAUGAAAAACAAAAGCCUCGCAAGCACAUUCAGGGAGGUAGCAACAAAGGGCACAGCAGGAUUCUACGAAGGGAGAAUAGCAGAGGAAAUCUGUAAAGCUGUGGCGAGGUUUGGGGGUGUGAUGUCUAUGGAGGACUUGAAAGCCCACACCACCACAUUUGAGGAGCCAAUCAGAACAGACUACAAGGGUCACAUGGUCUGGGAGAUCCCUCCUAAUGGGCAGGGCAUUACAGCACUCAUGGCCCUCAAUAUUCUAGAAGGUUUUGACUUGAAAGCCAUGGGCCACAACUCCGCUGAGUACUUACACACCUUGAUAGAGGCAUUGCGCCUGAGUUUUGCAGAUGUUGCUCAGUACUGUGCUGACCCAUCCAAGGUCCAUGUGCCUAUUGAGAAAAUGCUCAGUAAGCAGUAUGCAGCUGAGAGGAGAAAACUUAUUGACAACAAGAAGGCCCUACCUAAUGUAUGCCCAGGAGAGAGACUAAAGGGUUGUGACACAGUGUACUUCAGUGUGGCGGACAGUGAGGGGAACGCUUGCUCCUUCAUCAACAGCAACUACAUGGGGUUUGGAACGGGCAUCGUGCCUGCUGGUUGUGGAUUCACACUCCAGAACAGGGGGCUCAACUUUUCCCUCGACCCCACCCAUCCCAAUGUGGUGGCUCCCAACAAGAGGCCCUACCACACUAUCAUACCUGCCAUGGUCACAAAGGCUGACACAGGUGAGCUACUUGCAAGUUACGGUGUGAUGGGCGGCUUUAUGCAGCCUCAAGGUCACGUGCAGGUUCUGCUGAACAUGCUGGAAUUUGGUCUGGACCCACAGCAGGCGCUGGAUGCACCUCGCUUCUGCAUUGGACAUGGACACACGAUGGGAGAAGGCAGUCUGGAGCAUGUAGCUGUUGAGGAGGGGAUUGCUGAUCAGGUGACCUCAGCCCUCAAGGUCAUGGGACACAAUGUGACACCUAAUAUCGGUGGGUAUAGCCGGGCUCUGUUUGGGCGUGGCCAGGUGAUUGCUCGUGGACCCUGGUCCUUCAUUCCUGGAAAUGGGGAGGGGAGCGUGUAUUGGGCAGGGUCAGACCCAAGGGCUGAUGGAGCAGCUUUUGGUUAUUGAAUAGUAGUCCAGGAAAAAAAUGUUCAAAAAUUUGAUGAAACUGGUUUUAAAGUGUAUCUUUCCAUUCAUUUUGGAAAUUGACUUUAAAAUAUGUCAAUUUUCACAAUCAAUUUAAUGCACCUCUUGAAAUAUUAAGCAUUUUUUACAAAUUACUUAAUGAAAAAAAAAACAUGUUCUAAAUGUCUUAUGCAAGAGUGUAGAACAAAAUAAUCGAAGUAAUAUUUUUUAAUGUAGAUUCUUUUAAAUAUAUUUACCUUGAUUAUAUUUCCUUUGUAUUUUGAGUGACUUAACGAAAAUGAUAAAAAAAAUGCUCAACUUUUCUUGAAUAGCAUGAGUUGGUUUCAUUUUCUAGACUAUUACUGAAAUGAUGUCAGAAAAAAAAGAUAGGUGUGCUUCAUAACAAGGUUCACCCAUAUUUUUACCGGCACUAUGAAGGUUCUCUUUUUUUAAUUUUACAAAAACUAAAGUGAAGACGUUUGUUGAAUUCUGAUGUCUUCUGAUGAACCUUUUUUAUCAAUAUUAGUUUUAAAACCAAACAAUGAUGCAUACUAUGUUAUUACCGUAGGUUAUCUGUCUUUUCAUGCAAAGGGUGGCAUAUAAGUAUUGUGCUGUCUGUCAGUUCAUCUGUCAGUCCGUGUGUCCAUCCAUUACGACCCCACCUGGAAUUGUAGAGUACCAUUGGAAGGUGUUUCUUGCACACAUUUAGUGCUCUUUUCUUAAAGGUCAAGGUCACACUUGGUUGUUAAUGUUAAACCUUACUUAGUAUCUCAGCCAGAACACUUUAGCUGAUAAUAGGAAUUUAAUGAAUUCACAGACUUCUUUGUUGUGCACCUUUUAAAGGUGUUUGUUAAGAAAAAUGGGAUUUUGAUUAAACAUUUUUUUAACAUCUAUGACCAACUGCUAUCCAUCCUUGUGCAUUUAUAAUGUUUCUGUGACAGCAGUUGUUUCCAGCAAAUAACGUUGGGUAAUUUUAGCCUUGGUUUCAGUGGUGUCAUUGUUGGUGUUAGAAGUAGAAACCUUGGACAUAGGUUAAAAACCAUACAAGAUAAUCAUAUGAAACUUCUUACACAUGUAACCAGUGACAUUAUACACCUGUUACAAGGCCCAUAACUCAGGCUUUGAUAAUUUUUUAUUUAGAACUCUGGAAAGUCUCAAAAGUCUAGCAAAACCUCGAAUUGUGUCAUUACUAAGUAACAAUGCGAAAUAUUCAUGUGGAACAUUUUGCACAUGUUACAUUAACCAUAUGGUCAUUUGUAGCAAGGCCAAUUUAAUGGCUUAAAUAAUUGUUAAAAAGCUAUGCCCCUUGAUCAACAAAAUCCAGGAUGAACAUUCACAUCUGCUUGCUUUACUUUUGUUCAUAUUUGUCUACAUGUAUUUUGUUUGUGUAUCGUGGUAAGGGCCAGAGGCCUUUGUGCAAUAAACUUGGAAUUGGAACCUGACCUCACAGAAAUAUGUAAUGAAGGCUACUUACAAUUCAAGUCUGAAAUUGUUUGAACAAUGAUAUUCAGUUUACACCCUGAUAGGAUAACAUCAACUCAGCUCAACUUCUUAUUUUUAUGUUAUUCAGAAUGUUUUUUUCUUCCCAUUCUUUUGAAUGCUAUAUACAUUGAUUCAAUAUAUUGAAUCCAUAAUGUUGUUCAAAAUAUGAAUGUUCUAUACAUGUAAUUGCAAUGUUUAUAUUAUAUUCAAUUAUUAAUCUGUGAUAGUCAGUGUCGUUGGUGUGAUAUUAUUUUCUAUACAGAAUUAUUAAACAGUUUAAUGCAUAUGGUAUUAAAUAAAACAUUAUUUGUU